AGUUAUCCCCUCGCCACAUCUAGAAAAGAAUGCCUCCUUGGAAAUAAGAGGCCCUCCCCGCGUUUCCCAUUAUAUAUCACUUCAUUUCCGAGAUACUGAGAAUCCCAAGCGUGUCCGUCGGUUAUUCGUGGUGUUUGUUAGAGAGAGAGAGAGUUGUGGGAGAUCUGAUCAAGAAGAAGGCAGCAAGCAAAAGACUCGACAAGGAGACGAAGAUGGACGCGGCGAGAUUGGAUCUGGACGGGAAACCGAUUAAGGCAAUGACGAUCUGCAUGAUCGGCGCGGGUGGAUUCAUCGGUUCCCACCUCUGCGAGAAGCUGAUGGCGGAGACACCGCACACGGUGCUAGCCGUCGAUGUCUACAAUGACAAGAUCAAGCACCUCCUGGGUCCGGACGACGGCCAAGAGAGCAACCAGCAUGCUUGGGCCGGCCGGAUCCACUUCCACCGCCUCAACAUCAAGCACGAUUCCAGGCUCGAAGGCCUCAUCAAGAUGUCUGAUCUGACUAUCAAUCUAGCGGCGAUCUGCACUCCGGCGGACUACAACACCCGCCCCCUCGACACCAUCUACAGCAAUUUCAUCGAUGCCCUGCCUGUGGUCAAGUACUGCUCCGAAAAUGGCAAACGUCUCAUCCAUUUCUCCACUUGUGAGAUCUAUGGCAAGACCAUUGGAAGCUUCCUCCCAAAGGAGCACCCCCUUAGACAGGAUCCGGAGUUCUAUGUCCUCAAAGAAGAUGCCUCGCCAUGCAUUUUUGGUCCUAUUGAGAAACAGAGGUGGUCCUAUGCUUGUGCAAAGCAGCUUAUUGAAAGGCUAAUCUAUGCUGAAGGUGCAGAGAAUGGACUCGAGUUCACCAUAGUAAGACCUUUCAAUUGGAUUGGUCCAAGGAUGGAUUUUAUUCCUGGAAUUGAUGGACCUAGUGAAGGUGUUCCAAGGGUCCUGGCAUGCUUCAGUAAUAAUCUUCUACGUGGUGAGCCUCUUAAGCUUGUUGAUGGUGGCCAGUCCCAAAGGACCUUUGUGUAUAUUAAGGAUGCAAUUGAAGCAGUUCUCUUGAUGAUUGAAAAUCCUGCUCGAGCCAAUGGCCAAAUUUUCAAUGUGGGAAAUCCCAACAAUGAGGUCACCGUAAGGCAGCUUGCAGAAGUAAUGAUAAAUGUUUACUCGAAGGUUUCAGGAGAGCCAGGGUUGGAUGCCCCAAUGGUUGAUGUUAGUUCCAAGGAGUUUUAUGGCGAAGGAUAUGAUGAUAGUGACAAACGGAUUCCAGAUAUGACCAUUAUCAAUAGGCAGCUUGGUUGGAACCCGAAAACAUCCCUCUCGGACUUGCUGGAAGCAACAUUGACUUAUCAGCACAAGACAUAUGCAGAAGCUGUUAAGAGGGCCACUGCUAAAUCUGUUGCGUCCAGCUAGACAUUGGUGUUAUUUGGAACUAGAUGCCUAAGAGUUGGGAAACAUCUAUUACUGGUGAACUCCAUGAAUCCAUUUUGACAGAUUGACUUUUGCAUACCCAUUUUUUUCCCCCUUAGUAUCCUUGAUUGAUGUUGAGAGCAUUCUCCCUAGUUUGUUUCAGCGAAAAAUACAGUGCCACACAGGCUCUCAAGUGCUCGUUAUAUAUGAUGCUGUUUAGUACUAUGGACAUGAAAAUUCGAAGUUUCUUCUGAAGCAUCGUGGCUUCUUGGUGUGGCUUAUCAUGUCUGGCUUCUUAUUUAUCAAUGCUUUUUUAAUUCA